CAUGGCAACUCUAUGUCUUAUUAUUACUCUGAGAUUUUAAUACAACCCGAAAUCUGACAAUUCUGGCAUCUGACAGUUCUGACACUCCUAUUUCAAGUUUUUGAGUGGAAGUUGAUGUAAUAUUGAAGUUGUCGAAUUUUUCAAUUCGAAUAAAUCCUUUCAUAUCUGAAGAUGGCUACUCAAAAACUUUCUAUGGCUGUACGUACUUUCAGUACAAGCAAUGUUGUGAACCAGCUCGUGAAACCACCAGUUCAAAUUUUCGGCAUUGAGGGGCGUUAUGCUACUGCCUUGUACUCAGCUGCAAGUAAACGAAAAACCCUUGAAAUUGUUGAGAAGGAUCUCCUCAAGUUACAAACUUCAAUGAAAAGUGACCCCAAAAUACGAGGAAUAAUUGAAAACCCAACCGUAAAGCGUAGCUCAAAGUCAGAUGCUCUUAAAGUAGUUGCCCAAAAAAUUUCUUUGAAAUCUGAAACGGAUAAUCUUUUACAACUUUUGGCAGAGAACGGUCGAUUGGGAAAAUUGGACGGCGUUAUUAAUGCCUACAGAACAAUCAUGGCUGCUCACAGAGGAGAGGUUACAUGUGAGGUCAUUACUGCCAAGGAAUUGGAUUCUGAUCAGAAACAAAAACUGCAAGCGGUUUUGAAAUCCUUUUUGAAACCUAAAGAGACCAUUAAUUUGACUACUAAAGUGGAUCCAAGUAUUAUAGGUGGAAUGAUCGUCAGUGUUGGGGACAGAUAUGUAGACAUGUCUGUGGCUAGCAAAAUAAAAAAAUAUACUGAAAUUAUCAGCACUGCUGUCUAAUUAUGUGAAGAUCAAUACUAAAUAUAGAUUUUGAAAUAGUGAA